UCUUCUUGGACCUCACUCUUCAUCCCGGUAUUUCUUAUCCAUCUCCUUGUCGUACGCCUUGCGUUCGAUCCGACUAUCGUUAAACACUUCAAUCACCUCAACUCACGAUCGUUGCAACACCAAUCGUCGGUGGCGAGAAACAACCGUUCGCAUUCCAAUCCACGGCGCGCUACCGAACGGUUCCAGCCUGUUUCGACAGCAACACCACCGCUCGCUAUAUCCUUGAACACAACCCCACGAACCUUGAAACCCGCAGAACCUCACCAACCAUGAAGCACACAUUCAGCGCUGCUGCUGCGUUGAUCGCAACCUUCUCCCUCGUCGCCGCUCAGAGCGCUCCCAAGUGCGGUCCCGGAAACAACUGCCCUUCAGACGCACCAUGUUGUUCACAAUACGGUCAAUGUGGUGCUGGUGCAUACUGCUUGGGAGGAUGUGAUCCCGAACACUCUUUCUCACUCAAGUCUUGUAUGGCUGCACCCACUUGCAAGAGCGCCGAUUACAAAAUGGAUUCGAUCGACGAUAUCGCGAAGAACACAGUAUACCUGGGUGACGCGUCCAAGGCGAACUGGGUCAGCUCGGGAACGGUGGUGGAAUACAACGACGAUUCGGUGCUGCUCACAAUGGCUCCAUCGACUGUCGGCACCUUGCUUUCGAGCACUCAUUACGUUUGGUAUGGAAAGAUCAGUGCGACCAUGACCACAUCACAAGGUCAAGGUGUUGUCACUGCGUUCAUCUUGAUGAGUGAUGUCAAGGAUGAAAUCGAUUUCGAGUGGGUUGGAGAUGAUGUGACCUCUGCACAGUCCAACUACUAUUACCAGGGUAUCACCAACUACCAAAACAUGGUGCCACUCAAGGUUUCCGACACUCGCCAGAACACGCACACCUACGAGAUCGACUGGACUCCAGACAAGGUCACUUGGUCCAUUGACGGAAAUGUCAUGCGCACACUCAACAGGGAUGAUACCUACAACGAGACCACCAAGGGUUACAACUUCCCUCAGACACCCGCUCGUGUUCAACUUUCCCUCUGGCCAGCUGGGCUGCCGUCCAACGGUGAGGGCACCAUCGAGUGGGCUGGAGGAUUGGUCAACUGGGACAGCAACUACAUGCAGAACGGUUACUACUACGCCAUGAUUAAGGAUGUUACCGUCGAAUGCUACAAACCACCAAGCGGCUCCGGCAACGGCGAUGCUUACUACUACACCAGCGUGGCCGGUACGGAGGGUGAUGUACAGAUUGGUAACAACGACACCGUCCUGUCCUCUUUCUUGGCCACUGGUGAGAACCCGAAGUUUGGAGGAUCCAGCGAUACAUCCAGUGCCAGUGCCCAGCCCACCCAGCAGGUCGAGACUGUGCCUGGUAUCUCCGGUGGCGGCAAUGUCGCGAGCAGCGGGCGUGCUCCCGUCGACACUGGCGGCGACAACUCUGGAACCUCCGCUGGCGAUGGUAACACUGCCCUGUCCUCCGGCAGCGGCGGCAACACUUUCUCGCAGGGCAUGUCCAGCGAUGGCACCAACACCAGCGAAGCACCCAAACUUGCUGCUGGCAGCGUGGUGGCUCUUCUCGGAUUCUUCGUCGCAGCUUUGACGCUGUAGGACGGGUUUCCUCAAUUAUUACGACAGAUGUGACUAUAUGGAGAUUAAUGCCUCAGAUGGCUUCCGGUCCUUUAUGAAACAGACAAGAGAGACAGCAAAGAGAGACAGCAAGUAGAGACAGCAAAGCGAGACAGCAGAGAGAGACAGCAAAGAGAGACAGCAGAGAGAGACAGAAGAUGAUGGAGGAUGUAUUGACGGACAGUGUCGAUUUGGAAAAAGUGAGGUUUUGGUUCCAGUACCUCUUUGUGGAUGACCAUUGGGAUUUUGGAUUAUUGCAUAGCGUAGUACAGUAAUGGUCCAACGAAUGAGUGUGUUCA